GGACCAUGAAGAGGAAGAGCGGCAUUCGGUGUACUAAAUUUUUAAGUCGCAGUCCACAUCUUYAUUCUUAUGCAUACUAGUCUGCUAUAUUUAACAAUCUUAGCCCCUUCUCAGUAUUUUUAGGGUUCACCAUGACCAUUUAAUAUUUUGUUGUUUUGCUAUCCACUUCACUGAAGGAAAAUGAUCAGAGUUGAUCCUGGUAUUCUAUCACAUGUCGCUAACGAGAUUUAACUACAGUGUAGCUUGGUAUCAAAUUUCUUCAGUAGUAUUGAGUUACAAGCUGUUUGUGGAACAAGUUGAAUGACCGACUCUUCAAGCUGAUACUUUACAAACUACAGCCAAACUGUCUACCAAACCACGGUUAGUUUUCGACAUGACUUCACAAGAGAAGAUGUCUGGUGGUGUGGAAGGAGUGUACGAUGGAGAAGAUGUUGAAAUCCGCCACGAAACUAUCCAUCCGUCACUUCGUGGACACCACCUCGACAUGGGCGAUCGGGAUCCAACGAAAAUGAACGACCAUGUUAAGGUAUUUUAUCAAGACGUAUUUGCUGAGCCCGAUGGCAGCUAUAGUAUCGAUGGAGUGUGGAGAACAUCCUUUUCGACCUUUGUAGCCACCAAGUACUGGUGUUACCGCAUCCUGACGGCCAUCUUUGGUGUCCCUACAGCCAUUCUCUGUGGRUGUUAUUUUGCGUGUCUUAGUUUUGACUACAUCUGGUGCAUCAUGCCCUGCCUAAGAGGAUACCUCAUUGAGCUCCAGUGCUUGGGUAAAGUCUGGGGACUUUGUAUUAGGACAUUCUGCGACCCUCUCUUUGAGUCUUUGAGUAAGAUAUUGGGUGGUAUAAAACUUACCAAAGUCAAAACUCAAGAAGGCGGAGCAUUCAAUGCUUAGUUUCGGAUCGAAGUUUCAAAACUUGUCAAACUACAAGAUGUCUGCAUUUUYAUCAGACACAAGGCUUUGCAUACUUAUCCAUGAUUUUCCGAAUAUCAAGACUGCGUAUUCUUCUCUAUAGAAUUGGCAAUAAACCGUAGUUUUCAACCAA